CUAUCAAGAUGGGUAUAGAUUAGGUGCUAACACUAUUACAACAGACAAACUAUAUUUUUCGAUAAAGCUUUUGUUUUGAAAGGUACGAUCGAAAGUUCAUCAUGGAUGUAUAUUGUAUGACUUCAGAAACAGCCAUUACGCGUUUGAUGUGUCUAGCAACAAAAAGAAAACGAGUUACGUCACUGACACCUGUACCAAAGUAGUCUAACUUCUAUCAUGUGGGUAAGAAAGAUUUCUGCCAAUAAUUUUGCAAUGUUACAAGUUGCAAUUUUUAGAAUUUAGGGAAUUUCGAAUGGCGAUUUGGCUACACUGGCCGAACAAAUAUUUUUACUCAUUUUUGUCUAAUUUUAAAGUAAUAUUGAAGACUUGUUUAUGAUAAACCAAUUAUUCAUAUAUUUUGCUUAAUUCUCAGUUAAAAACUGACGAAAAAAGAGUAGUUUCAAACAACAUUAUAUAAACAUAACCUUACUUCGGAGUCUAUGGACUGGCCCAAGGUGAAAGUCAUAAUAAAUAAAAACGGAAAAUUUAAAUUACCUAGAUAACACAUAAAGCGGUAGUAUGUUGUGCUACAUUACGAGCAACCGCUUUACAUCAGUUCACUAACGAAGCUGGUGUAAGUUACUUCUCUGAUAAGGGUCUCCUGAACAGAAAACAGGAGCAUAGACAGCCAGAGGAUGGCUCAGAAAAGUUCUAGCAAGUCUAGCAAAAAGGCUGAACCUUCUGCACUUGCAAAUCUUUAUUUGAUUGCAUAUAAUGUGAUACAGGCGUUUGGGUGGUCCUAUCUACUAUAUCAGUUGAUCACGUAUUACCUAGGUCCAUCAACAAAAAGUCUGUAUGAGACAGUUAAGUGGUCAGUGAUUAUUUUUCAAAAUGCUGCUGUGCUUGAAGUAGUCCAUGCCUUCACAGGUCUGGUGCGAUCAAACCCUAUCAUAACUGCUGCCCAGAUUGCAUCCAGGGUUGUUGUUGUAUGUGGAGUAUUGAUGGUAACACAAGCAGCUAGAGAUACAGUUGGCAUGCCUAUGGCACUACUGGCAUGGUCUGUUGCAGAAAUAAUUAGGUAUUCAACAUAUGCCUUUACUUUGCUAGGAGGAGUGCCAUAUUUUUUGAAAUGGCUGAGGUACUCUACUUUCAUAGUCUUGUAUCCCAUUGGAGUAACAGGAGAGCAACUGUGCAUGUAUGCAGCUCAAAAGGAGGUUGGAGAGAAGCAAUUGUUUUCAUAUUCACUACCAAACAGUUUAAACUUCAUCUUCAGUUAUCAAUACUUCCUCAUACUGGUCAUGCUGACAUAUAUUCCAUUUUUCCCACAGCUGUAUCUCCACAUGUUCUCUCAAAGAAGGAAAGCAUUAGGUGAUGGCAAGAAAGAGAAAUAAAAGGUUGUUUUAUAUAGUUGUUUUUUACACGUUUGUUGUUUUUAAUACAUUUUAAGAUUUC